AGUUUCAGGAUCCCCUGGUGGGUAUUGAUGUCAUUGCAGGGAUUCCAUGAGCGAUGCUGCUGCUCCUCGUGACGUUGGCUGUUCUCUUAUCCUCGUGUGUGUCGUUCUUCGUGACGCUGAUUUGUAAUAAGCUGAAUGGACGGAGUCACGAGGAGGUCGCGUUGAUAAACGAGCUCAAAGAUCUAAGAGAAGCCGCGGCGUCGAUUAGCGCGGUUGAUGAGUUUGCCAAAUAUGCGCGUGCCCAGCGCGGAAUAACGAAAGCGAAUGAUAAAUUGAAUGCCUUGGCGAGCGAACGGAGUGGAUCUCAGUUGAAGCGUCGUGUUGUUCUGAACAUUGGCUUUAAAGCUUUGCUGGUGAGUUUUCCAUUCAACGAAGAUGAGGUUCUCAACCUGUGGAGUCCAUUUGGGGAGAACUUCCCAGGGGCUCCGUGUGGAUGUCACAGGAAAAUUAAAGGUUAUGAUAAUAGGCAGAGUAAUGGAAUGGAAGAUGUAGGGCCUCGUCGUGGCGAGUUGUUGCUUCAUUCAAGGCAGAACACCGAUAUUAUUUUUCCCGAAAUCGUGGUUCUGGCCCCUCAACUACCUCCUAACGUUCCCGAGCUUUGA